UGUUUGACACAUUGCGUCAACACGGUGUUUUUGGUCGAUCGGUCCGUAAAAAUCCGCAUCGCAUUCACGGAAAAACAAAAAUGUACGGCGGAAAAACUCCCCAGGAAUUGCUUUCGGGGUCGUUCUCUAAGACCUGGCUGCACGAUAAGUGGGCCCCGUUGGUGGGUGGUGCGUUUGGAUUUCUUGGCGCGUGCUACGUUAACUAUGGCACUGGUCGUCCUGCUUUCAGCGGUAUUCAAAAGCACAUUGCAGCUAUGCUAGCGGUCGGUGCUGCUGCCACCAUGGUUGACAAGUGGCGCAAUGCGUACUUUGCCGAGAAAGAUGCUACCCUCCGCCACUACAUUGAACUGCAUCCGGAAGAUUUCCCCACACCUGAACGCAAAAAGUUCGCCGAUGUACUGGAGUACUGGCAACCCAUCCGUUAGGUUUACUUUCUCGUUACAUUGACCCGUGUUCAAUGGAGUGGUUCUGCUGGUGACUAGUGUGUAGCGUGGAUGUAAAUAAAAAGCCCAAAAAAUCACUACUCAAUCCACUCGCAUCUAUAAUCAAGCUACAUAAACUACACGGGCCUAGAUGGAAUCGAAAUGGCAGCCGGAUAAUUGUGAACCACCCAUAUAAAAAUCGAAAAUCGGCAAAAGAAAUUGAAAA